AUGACACUACUUUUCUACUUUAUUGUAUUUACCUUCUCUAAGAAGUGCCUGGUCUCUGAAACAGUUGCUGCUUCAAAGGGAUUAACUACUUUAACAUAUCCCUCAAUUCAAAACCCAACUGUAUCAUUUAAACCAGAGUUAAAUGGAAAUUAUUUAAUUUCUAAUGAGGAGAAUGCCUUGAAAGUAUUUCUUGAUUUAAAUGAAGAGCAGACUGUUCAAAUAUGUAUUGGCCAACAAUUAAACGCAUUAACUACUCUAACAGUAAACCCUUUAUCUUUACAGUAUUUAUACAGAACAGUGUUUCCUUUAGUUCCUUUCUAUUUAACUAUAGUUUAUGUCUUUGUAAUAAUCAUUAUCACUUUUAUGGUCUUUAGGUUUAUUGCUGCUUUAGUGUGUUUCUUUACAGAUAUAUUUUGUAAUCAAGGCAAAAGAGUAUAUCAGUAUUUCGAUGCUAACUUUGGUGUACUUGAAGACGAAUUAUUUGCUUUGUUAAAAAACAAAAGUAUAAUUACACAAGAAGAAUAUGAGAGACUUUCCAAAUAA